AUGGAUGUUAGACCCCUGCCUCUAAGUGUAAAUGGUAAGCGUUGGGUAGUUGGGGAUAUAGUUAAGGUGUUUGAUACUCAGUGUUGGAGGGUUGCAAAGGUCGCAAAAGUGUUGAACAACAGCAGCCGAUUUGUCAUUAAGUUCUUUGGGUCCAUACAACUUAAGGAAUUUCAUGCAUCAAGUUUAAGGAUUAGGCAGGCUUGGCAUGACAACAUGUGGAUAGUAAUAAGGAAGGUUGCUAAGAAUUUUACACCAAAAACUCCAUACCGAGCUGGUGGCUUGCGUUUUAGGACUUCAUUGCAUUUUAGCAUUGCCAUGCAAUCUAAAGUAAGGUAUAAAGAGGGAGAAUAUAAUAAUGGUGAGGCUCAUAAUAUCACCAAGCUGCUGCCUAUAGAUAUUUCUUGCUCACAUGUAGCGGUUGAUGAAAACUUCAUUAAGCAAUCAACUAACAGGAAUAACAGAAUGGAAGGCAAAUUUCCUCACUGUUUAUAUGAUUCUUCUAGGCCUGUUUGGUCUACUGAAGAUAAUGAUCAAUGCUCUGUUGCUAGCUGUAGUUUUAACGGUGACUGUGUCAUCCCAUUCUCUCAUAAAUUGUUGGACAACGCACCUGAUAAUUUCGAUGUUGAGUCAGCUUUCCCUUCUUUGUGUGGCAAAAGAGACUUACCCUUGCCUUCUGUGAACAAAGUAUACUAUAUCCAUGAACUAGAGCUUUGUGCUUACAAGUCAACAAUGGAGGCAUUGUUUGCUUCAGGUCCUUUAUCUUGGGAGCAGGAAACCCUGUUUACAAAUCUCUGCCUCAGCCGUAAGAUUUCAGAUGAGGAACACCUAUUCCAGCUGAGACACCUUUUGUCUGCUCAAGUUCUUUGA